AGAAAACAUCUGUUGUAUUUUUAUAGAAGAAGGAAACAACCUACCAUAUCUCAUAUUGAAAAUAAAAAUUUAUAGGAGAAAUGAGAGCCGCACUCAAAGACAGAUGCCGAGUCUGCCUUGGGUUCAGUGAAAACAUGGUCAACAUUUUCGAGGCAAAACAAGACCUGCGGAUUUCAAUAGCACAAAUGAUCUCUGAAUGCACCGACUGUGGCAUUGAAAAAGGGGACACUCUGUCGGAGUUGAUUUGUACAUACUGUUUGGAGGAUGCCCAGAGUGCAUUCGAUAUCAUCAGAAAAUACGAGCGCAGCUACACCAUCUUCUGUGAGGCGCACGAUGCGGUUCUUGAAGAGGAUUUCCUAGACGGAGAGGUGUACACAAUAACAGACAGCGAGAGUGGGACGUCGCACGAUACCAAUUGGAACCAAAAGUGCAUCAAUGCCGAUGAAAUCUAUGAGAUAUCAGAAGAUGAAUGUGAUCAAACUGCUGAUGCAAAAGGGGAAGACUCCAAUAAUAGCGUCGACGAUAGUGGUCAUUCGAAGAAUCAGCAACAUGAUGAAAAGGAACCGAAAGAAAAUGGCAUAUUGGACAAGGAUGUCCAGGGCACCCCACCAAAUGAAAGUGGUGCACCUGAUCAUCAGCAAGGUGAGACUGACACCGAAAAAGUGACUUCCGACGACAGUGAAUGUGUUGGGAGCGGUGCUCGGAAGGCAUACAAGUGCUCCCACUGCAGUAAGUCCUUUGCUCAUCGAUCGACCUUCGAGGCGCACAUACGCGUCCACACGGGAGAACGACCAUUUAAAUGCCCCAGCUGUCCGAUGAUCUUCCGACUGAAAUCCUUUCUUAAAAGGCACAGCAUCCUGCAUUUGGGAAAACGACCUUACACGUGCGACAUUUGUGCCAAGUCUUUUGCGGACAAAAGUAACCUGCGCCAGCACAAGAUGACACACACCGACACUCGACCCUUCGAGUGCCCUUUCUGUCCGAGUUGCUUCCGUUUGAAGAGCCACCUGGAGCGCCACACCAAAGGUCACACGGGCGAGCGGCCAUUUAAGUGUGACCAGUGCGGUAAGGCCUUCGCGGUACGCUGUAACCUCGUCAAGCACAUAAGGACCCACACCGGAGAACAUCCCUUCAAGUGCUUAAUAUGCCAAUCGGCCUUUACGGCCUUAUCGAGCCUCAAUGCACAUACGAAGAUCCAUUCGAAUAAACUACCUUUCGAGUGCGAUUGCUGCGACAAGCGGUUUGUGGAUAGGCUGCGUCUGGCGGAACAUAAAAUGACCCACUCGGGGGAACGAACCUUCAAGUGUCCUGACUGCCAGUCUUGUUUUUCAACGUCAUCAGACCUUUACCAGCAUGGACUGGUACACAAGGCAGAAUGACCUUUAAAGUGAAGUGUGAGGAUUGUUUAGUCCUUAAGAAUAUGAUUCUUUUUCGAAGGCAGGCCAAGAGUCACGACAAGAUGUUAAUAAUGUAAUCUUAUUUUAGCCAUAAGCUCAUUUACCAAAUACCAAUUUAUUAUAAUUUUUUUGUUUUUUGUUAUUCAAGAAGCGGUUUCAAACUCGAUAACAGUUCGGUGAAAUAACAUACAUAUUCUUUUGCGCCUAACAGCCCACUGUUGUGGGAACAGGGUGAUCAUUCCCCUAGCAAUCUGAAUGCUAAAAUGGUAAACAAACUAUUUCCUCUGAUAAAUAAAACAUCUCAUUUAAUUUUAAAA